UAUAAAAGUGGUUGUCUGUUCACUCAUCAUAAACAUAAAUCUUGUAGCUGUUAAGCAGCACAGUUGUGGAUUAUAGACGAUUUUGAACUGAAGUGAAUUUGAAGGAUUAAUUAAGGAUACAAUGAAGAUAUUUUGUUGUUGUUUGUUUGCGGCAGUAUUUUCUUUGGCAUUGGCCGAGGUUAAACAUGCAAAAGAAAGUGCAGUGGAGAAAAAAGUAGAGGCGCUUGCGUCGGAUAAAAGUAGUGAUUCUAAACCCAAAAGAGAUGCGUCUCAUGUGAGUGGAGUUUACCAUGGACCUUCAUAUAAAUAUUUGCCCCCGUCUUCGGUUUCUUCUUCUUAUGAUACUUAUUCGGGAAGCGUUGGUAGUGGUGGACAUAUUUCUGGUGUAGGAGGUGGUUACAGUUCGGGUGGAUUUGGUCAUAAUCAUCAUGGAUUUUCUUCCUCUGGGCAUCAUAGCAGCGGUGCUUCCCAUGGUCUUGGCUAUGCCCCAUCAGCAAGUUAUCACGGUAGUGGUAUUCAUGGCUUAGGUUUUACUUCUUCUAGCCAUUAUGCUGGCCAUGGAUCUGCCCAACAUUCUGGAGGUUUUAAAGGUGGUGUCAGUUCUCAUAAAGGAGUUUCGUUCGGACAUAAUGAUUUUGCCAGUCGUCCCCUUUCUUACGCUGGCGGUCAUGGUUACAGUUCAUCCGGGUCUAGCUCAUCUGGCGUAGGAUACAAAUUACAUUCACAUUCUUUAGGUGCGACAAAUUCUGGUUCGGGUAGCGGUUAUCAUUAUACUUCUCCUGCAUCUUCUGGAUUUGGCUCCAGUCACGGAUUUAGUAGCUCUCAUGGAUCUGGUUUGGCUGAAGUACAUCAUGGCGAUCAUGUACAUAACGGUGCUCAGGAACAUAUUUAUGUCAUUUCAAGUGGACCUGCUGGUUUUGGUAACUCACAUGGUUCUGCUUCAGUGGGCCAACAAGGAGGCCACGGAGUGCCAACUGGUUCAUAUUUACCACCUGUACAGCAACAUCCUUUGCCUUCUAGUAGUUAUGGUGUACCCAUUGCUACCGUAGGGGAUUCAUACAACACAAAAUACCACUCUCACGUUUCUGCUGUUGGAGACCACGGUCCAGCUUAUGCUGCAGGUCACAAGGGAUUGGGUCACUUUAGUUUUGCGGCCAAUAAGCCUCAAGUAUUACACACCAGCAUUACGGGAUCGAAUAAACCUCAAGUAUUACACACCAGCAUAACGGGAUCUAGUUUCAAUCAACCUUCUUAUUCUAAAGCUCCUUUUAAGCCAUCUGAGUUUUUGGGUGCCAAAUUUGAAGGUUCCGCCCAUAAUGAAGCUCCCGGUCAACAAUAUUUGCCCCCUUCAGGAGUAGGAACUGAUACUACAGGUUAUGACUAUCCUAUACCUUCCGGAUCAUCUAUAAAUUUCCAAGAACCCAGUUACCAACAAACUGUGGAAGUACAAACAACAUCUGUACAUGAACCUGAAUCCUCUUAUUUACCACCCAAUAACCAUGAGGGUUCAUAUAAUGAAAUUUCAUCUGCCGCCAGUGGCAGUUACUUGCCACCUAGCAAUAGCUAUGGUGUUCCAUAUUCUCAUUAGAAAAAAUCUAGUUGGUAUUUUGCCUAAAAUUAGUAUGUUUAAACUAAAAUCAUUGAAUUUUUUAAAUCCUUUUAGUUGAUAUAAUUUAUUAUUGCAUUUAUAUAUCUAAUUUAUGUAUGUAAAAACAUUUCAUUUAAACAAAACAAACAUGUAUUAUCAGUUAAAAAAUAAAAUUUGUACAUAGUCAACAAAAAAAAUUUGUUUGAAAAAUUUAAAAUUCAUCUCACAAUUGGCAUGAUGUCAAUCACUAUUAAAAAUAACUUUCCCACUUUGGCUGGCUCACAAAUGAAGUAGAUUAAUCAAGUAAUAAACAAUAUUAAAGAAACUUUGUAGCUUGUCAAAGUAUUGUUCGAAACGAUAACAAGAAUUUUAUUAAAAGCGUAAAAAAUGUUUUUAUUUUUAAUAUGCAUAGAUGUGCAUUACAAAACUGGUGGAACUG